AUGUCUCAUGCAAAGCCUUCUUCGCCCAAGAAAAGAAGUACACAUUCAGCAAAACGUCUCGAUGGCUCUCCUCGUGAUGGACUAACAGGUAUGGGCCCAGGAACACAAAUGCAUUUUGCCGAUGUUCAAGCAAAAAUGUUCGAUUAUAUUGGUGAAGAUGUACCAUGGGAAGAAGAACAAGAACUAGACCAAAGCCGACGCAAUCAGCAUGCUCAUCAUCCUAAACAUCAACCACAACAUCAUUUGCAUGUUCCUCCACCGCCACCUUAUCCACAUCAUUAUUUCGUUGAUGGAGCAAAAGAUUCAAAAUCAAGGACAAAAACUCCGUCACCAAAUAUUGUGCGAAAACACCAUACACAUACUGAAUUGCCUAAAAAAGGAUCUGGCCAUCAUUAA